UAUAAAGUGGAUGUGCUAAUAAACUCUUGUCUUUUCUCGCUGGAGAUCGAAUUGAACUGAACACGUAUGGCUCCUCCUCUUCCUUUGAUAUUUCUGCUCAUGAUUGCAGCAGGGGUUUAUAGUGCUGAUGAUUGGGGUGUGAGUUACAGCUCUAAAUACAUCUGUGCACUAAAGGGGUCAUCAGUGAUAAUGUCCUGCACUUAUAAAUACCCUCCUGGAUAUAAGAUCGAGAACGUGUUCUGGUUUAGCAAAUUUAUUGAAAAGGAUGUAGAUCCUCCAGAUCUGUUUAAUGACCCUGAAUACAGUCAGAGGAUUCAGUAUCUGGGAGAUAAACAGCAGAUCUGCACCAUCAGACUGAAUGAUGUGACACAGAAGGAUUCACACGAGUACUAUUUCAGAUUCAUUACUGAUAAACCUGAUGGAAGAUGGAUUGGUUAUCCUGGAGUGACUCUUGAUAUCACAGAUCUUCAUGUGGAGUCUCCUGAGAGCGUGACAGAGGGAGAUACAGUCAGUCUGACAUGUAAAAGCACCUGUAAUCUGACUGACAGAACAACAUUCAUCUGGUGGAAAAACACACAGUCAUUAACUGAGAGAAACAAUAAACUCCUCCUGCAGUCAGUCAGAAGAGAGGAUGCAGGCAGAUAUAGCUGUGCUGUACACGGACACAAACUCACAUCACCUCAUGUUGAUCUCAAUGUUAAAUAUCCUCCAGAGAUUCCUGUAAUCUUCAUCAGUAAAUCUGGUGAAAUAGUUUUGGGUGAUUCAGUGACUCUGACCUGCAGCAGUGAUUCAAACCCACCUGCACAAAUCAGCUGGUUUAAAGGGUCAACAUAUAUUGGAUCUGGAGAAAUCUACAGCAUCACAAGAAUCCGCUCUGAUCACAGUGGAGAAUACAAGUGCAAGUCCAGAAAUGAAGUUGGAGAGAAAUACUCUGAUACUGUCACUUUAAAUGUCAUGUACUCACCCAGGAAUGUCUCAGUGUCCAUGAGUGGAUCUGGUGAAAUAGUUUUGGGUGAUUCAGUGACUCUGACCUGCAGCAGUGAUUCAAACCCACCUGUUCUGAACUACACCUGGUUUAAGGAGAAUGAAAGUUCAUCUGUUGGAUCGGGACAGAGUUACAGUGCACUACAGAGUGGAUUCUUCUACUGUGUGGCUCAGAAUCAACAUGGAUCUCAGAGAUCAGCUGCUGUAUCAGUGACAGUCCAUUAUAGAUCCAGUUGGUAUAUAAUGUUGGGGGUCAUGAUGGGAUGUGGUGGAACAAUCAUCAUCAUCUUCAUCAUCUUCAUCAUCCUGUUUAUAAUUAAGAGAGAAAGAAUGAACAGAAGAUCUGCUAUAAAGGAGAAUGAGACUGCUGAUCGCUGUGAUGACACAUACACAACUCUUGAUCUCAAGACCAGAUCUUCUGAUGAUGUGUACAACACAAUCACAGUGAGUCUCAAGAGCAAAGAGACAUUAUUGAGGAUUUCAAGUCAGUUUCUACAUAUGGCUCCUCCUCUUCCUUUGAUAUUUCUGCUCAUGAUUGCAGCAGGGGUUUAUAGUGCUGAUGAUUGGGGUGUGAGUUACAGCUCUAAAUACAUCUGUGCACUAAAGGGGUCAUCAGUGAUAAUGUCCUGCACUUAUAAAUACCCUCCUGGAUAUAAGAUCGAGAACGUGUUCUGGUUUAGCGAAUUUCGCGAAAAGGAUGUAGAUCCUCCAGAUCUGUUUAAUGACCCUGAAUACAGUCAGAGGAUUCAGUAUCUGGGAGAUAAACAGCAGAUCUGCACCAUCAGACUGAAUGAUGUGACACAGAAGGAUUCACACGAGUACUAUUUCAGAUUCAUUACUGAUAAACCUGAUGGAAGAUGGAUUGGUUAUCCUGGAGUGACUCUUGAUAUCACAGAUCUUCAUGUGGAGUCUCCUGAGAGCGUGACAGAGGGAGAUACAGUCAGUCUGACAUGUAAAAGCACCUGUAAUCUGACUGACAGAACAACAUUCAUCUGGUGGAAAAACACACAGUCAUUAACUGAGAGAAACAAUAAACUCCUCCUGCAGUCAGUCAGAAGAGAGGAUGCAGGCAGAUAUAGCUGUGCUGUACACGGACACAAACUCACAUCACCUCAUGUUGAUCUCAAUGUUAAAUAUCCUCCAGAGAUUCCUGUAAUCUUCAUCAGUAAAUCUGGUGAAAUAGUUUUGGGUGAUUCAGUGACUCUGACCUGCAGCAGUGAUUCAAACCCACCUGCACAAAUCAGCUGGUUUAAAGGGUCAACAUAUAUUGGAUCUGGAGAAAUCUACAGCAUCACAAGAAUCCGCUCUGAUCACAGUGGAGAAUACAAGUGCAAGUCCAGAAAUGAAGUUGGAGAGAAAUACUCUGAUACUGUCACUUUAAAUGUCAUGUACUCACCCAGGAAUGUCUCAGUGUCCAUGAGUGGAUCUGGUGAAAUAGUUUUGGGUGAUUCAGUGACUCUGACCUGCAGCAGUGAUUCAAACCCACCUGUUCUGAACUACACCUGGUUUAAGGAGAAUGAAAGUUCAUCUGUUGGAUCGGGACAGAGUUACAGUGCACUACAGAGUGGAUUCUUCUACUGUGUGGCUCAGAAUCAACAUGGAUCUCAGAGAUCAGCUGCUGUAUCAGUGACAGUCCAUUAUAGAUCCAGUUGGUAUAUAAUGUUGGGGGUCAUGAUGGGAUGUGGUGGAACAAUCAUCAUCAUCUUCAUCAUCUUCAUCAUCCUGUUUAUAAUUAAGAGAGAAAGAAUGAACAGAAGAUCUGCUAUAAAGGAGAAUGAGACUGCUGAUCGCUGUGAUGACACAUACACAACUCUUGAUCUCAAGACCAGAUCUUCUGAUGAUGUGUACAACACAAUCACACCCAACAGGAAGAUGAUGCAAUAAGAGGCGGAGCACAACCAAUCAAAUCCUUUCAUCACUUCUGUGGGUGGAGCUUCGGAUGAUUGACAGGGAUCAUAACAAUAAGUUAUUAAAGUGUUAUAUUUGUACUUCUUUAAAGCUUAUGAAGUCUGAUAUAUCAGGGGACAUAAAUAAAGAUAAGUUCUGUGUAAAAGUUGCUGAUACACACAUGUGUUCAAAUAAAUCAGAGGAUUAAAACAACUCCUGAAGUGAUGUUCAAUAGGAUACAAACUCACUGCUGUGACAUUUCACUGUUUACAGAAGACGUCAUUUUACCCUAAAUACAGAAAAAUCUUCAUUGCACAACUUCAGUCUUUUAGAUCAGCUUGUUUUUGUAUC